ACAUCGAUCCUUUGCAGGGGCCCCUCCGUACUACCCUUCGCGCGUCAUUAUUGUUAAUCCUUUCACUGCCUUUUUGCUUCCCUUUUAGGCGACUCAAUGGCCUGUAACCUCGUGAAUUAUAGUGAAAAGAGAUAUUUGGCGAAAUAACAAGUAUUUCCUUGUAUAACAUCCCUGACAGCAACUUAUACGUAUCUGUCGUAUCAAGAUAUUUCUCGAGCUGCACGAAACACAUUAUUUAGCUUCAGCGAGCGAUUCCCAUAGCAAGCGCUAUCUCGAAGCUGACAUACAUCACCAUGGACCCUUGGUCAGUCUCUAUCGACACCUUGUUCCUUGUUCUCACCCUACUCCUAAUCCCUUCCAUCUCUCGGACGCCUCAGCUCAAUAUCACCCCACCUGGCGAUCUUUUGAUUUCUCCGCCAGCUAGCCCCCUUUCGCCUAUCACACCAGCUAGCGCCUCAAGCUCCCAUUUGAGUGUACCUGGAGUUGGUAUGCCUUUUGUGGUUCCCAGCAUUAUCUUAACUCCAGAUGCACCGGAAACCUACUCGCGCUCUAGACGGUCAUCAAUUGGUAGCCUCACGAAGCGAUUUGGACACAAACGCAAGUCUGUGAGCUUCUCGCUCUCUGCAAUAGAUGACGUUCUUCCUCCCCAAACAUCCCCUAAUAAACGUCGACCGCCAACUCCUUUUGUCAAGGGCCCUACGAGCCCGAGUCCCAGUGUGAGCUCCGCAAACAGCCAGCCUGGAACGCCGAUCCAUGUGAUAGCUGGCAUUACCGGGGAAGGGACGGCACAGAGCAUGACGCAUGGAAAAGAUGUCGAAGAUGCAAUGGGCGUGAAGAAGAAAUGGCUGAUGGCGUAAUGGAGUCCCAUAAUGCGAAUGAGAAAUGAGUUGACGAAACGAUAACAUACUCUUUGAUUUAAAAAAAAAAUCUCAAUCCUUGACGAAUGACAACUUUAUGUAGUCCAUGUAUUAAUUUAAUC